AAAUUUUAUGUCUUCACGUUUAGGAUCCAUUCAAUUAUGGAGAUGGAGCUUAUCAGUUAUUCUACCUAUUUCGUGCAAAUCUAGCACGAGCUUUACUGGCUAGUGGUAAAUCUUUCUGGAUGAUUCAGCAGGACACCUUUUGGGCUGAUAGUCUAUCUAGUGUGGAUGUUGAUGCAAGGAGCGAAGAUAUUAUUUUUGAUAGAGCUUCUGAAGUUGGAGAUUUGAUAGCAGGUGGCUAUUACUACGCUAAACCUAGCCCAUCUUCCAUAACUUACUUCGAGCGACUGUCAAAGGAUAUCUCAUGGUGGUAUGCUCCCGACAAUGCCUAUAUGACGUCACUUUGCGAACUUUCCGGUUUAGCGAGAUGUGGCGGUUUGCCAUUUAGAACGAAAGCCAUACGAACGGCACGCCAAGGGCUUGAGUUUAGUACUCCUUUCACAUUAGUAUAUACUAGUGUAACUCAGCUUUGA